CAAAAAGUUCGCGAUGCUUUGAACUCAGCUGCACUACACGGCUCAGGACAUCCAUCAUGAAGAUCAAGGCUCUCAGUCGGUCCUCGUCGUCGGCGCAAGCCCCGGGCUCGACUAUAGCCAAGGUCACUCGCAAUCUUGACCCUAACCUGCACCCCUUCGAGCGAGCACGCGAAUACACACGAGCAUUGAAUGCGACCAAGGUCGAGCGCAUGUUUGCGCAACCCUUCCUUGGAGAUUUCGAACCGGGACAUGUCGAUGGUGUCUACUCCUUUGCCAAAGACCCCAACUCGCUCGAGCACUUCGCCAGUGGUAGUGGUGAUGGUGUGGUCAAAGUAUGGGACUUCACAAGCAGGCAGGAGAGGUGGCAGGCGCAAGCGCAUGAGAACUUGGUCAAAGGAAUGUGCUGGACGCAGGACAAGAGACUGAUAACAUGCGGAUCGGAUCGGCAAAUUCAAAUGUUCGAACCUUACGCCCAGCCCUCAAAGUCACCACCAAAAGCGACCUGGCACGGCAACGCUGCCUUUACGUCUGUCUCGCACCACCGCUCGCUACCUUCCUUCGCUGCGGCGUCGAGCGUAGUCUCUUUAUAUGACACCAGUCGCACAUCAGGCGCGCCAGUGCAGAACCUCGUCUGGCCUUCGGCCAUUGACACGAUCAAUUAUGUUACUUUUAACCAAGUUGAGACGUCAAUACUGGCAUCUUGCGCCACCGAUCGAGCUGUCAUUCUGUAUGACGUCCGCACAAAUUCGCCCCUACACCGUACUGUCCUCAAUUUCGCAUCGAACUGCAUAUCCUGGAACCCAAUGGAAGCGUACAACUUCGCAGUUGCUAGUGAAGAUCACAAUAUCUACAUAUUCGAUAUGCGGAACAUGAAGCGAGCGCUGCAGGUCCUGAAAGGUCACGUCGCUGCGGUCAUGAGUGUUGAGUUCAGUCCAACGGGAGAAGAGCUUGUGUCUGGCUCGUACGACCGAUCGGUACGCCUAUGGGAGAGGCAGAAGGGUCACUCUCGCGAUACCUAUCACACCAAGCGCAUGCAGCGCGUCUUUUCAGUCGCCUGGAGUCCGGACAACAACUACGUACUUAGUGGCUCAGACGACGGCAAUGUACGCCUCUGGCGUGCGAAGGCCUCAGCAAGACAAGGCGUCAAGUCCUUCGCUUUACGACAGAAGCUGCAAUAUGAUGAUGCACUCAAAGAGAGAUAUAAGCACAUGCCAGAUAUCAAGCGCAUCACCAGACACAGGCAUAUUCCUAAGGCAGUCAAGAAAGCUGGCGAGAUCAAGAGUGAGGAGCUCAAGGCCCUUAAGAGGAAGGAAGACAAUGAGAGGAGGCACACGAAGAAGGGCGAGGUCAGACGGAAAGCGGAGCGCGAGAAGAUGGUUUUGGCUAGAGAGCAGUGAUGCACUGAGAAGGGCCUCUUUGACAUUGAUCUGCAUAGCGAUGGCGUUCUUCUGACUUCAUGAAAUGACAUCUAAAAGGUGUUCGCAUUGCGGGUUAUUCACAAUUGACACGAAGAUCCGGGCAACGAUCCCGAAAGCACCGCACCAUUAGCAUGAAAUACCCGGUUUACUUUGUACACUCCGCUUAUUCCCACCCUCCAUCCUCGAUGUGACAACAUACCGUACACUCGACGGAAUGUAGUUAGUCUCCUACACGUGAUAUCGCGCGAUUGCGUCAUCUUCUUACAAACACCAAACGAAAGGGCGAGACUAGCAAACAUCCACGAC